AUGCACUCAAGAGAUUUUGCAUCCCAAGCUAUGCAUCAGGCGGGCAAGCAAUUUCCAAAAGCUUUUGAAAGCCAGAGGAAGCCAAAGAUGAAAAUCCCGGACUUUCCGUCUGAGCUUGAGAAGGACCAGGAGUCUUUCUUUUCUUUUGACACAUCGAUUCAGCCUCCGCCGCUUAGCACGACAAACUGCUUCAUUACGGAGACAACAAACACAGAUCCUAACUUGCUACGAUCCACGAUGUACACUCUUCCCACGGACACAGACACAUUUGAGUCUAUGGAGAUUCCCUUCGGACUUGUUCUCAAUCCUUUCAACCAGAAGGCCAUGGCUACGGAGCUGGACAAAAACAUUUCGGUAAGAUGCUGGCAAUGCCAAAGCUAUGUUAAUAUUUUCACCAGGAUCGAAGGAAGUGUCUUCUACUGUAAUAUCUGCAAUUCCAAGAACCAGGCAAGAGAAGGAAUAAGUAAUGAGAUUACAAGAUACUCCACAAUAGAAUAUGUCGACAGGACGAGAGGCGGUAAGGAGGAGAAGUCUGAGUUAGGAAAUGUAGUUUCUGAAGGUUUGUUCAGGACUACGGUGGUUCAUGGUCCGGCGUUUGUUUUUGGAAUUGACAUCACUGUCCCAACACUAAUGGACCGUGCAUUCAAGGCAAUAGGGCGUCUUAUCAAAGACGAGAACUUCCAGUUCCUGUUUAAGAAGAUAGGGAUGGUCUUGUUUUCUGACACUGUUUCGCUAAUCAAGCCGUCUAGCGGAGUGAUCACCGAAGUUCUAUUGCCUGACAGAUUUCAGCUUCCAUUCAUCUCUCCCGAGUUCUUAAUGGAUGUUGAAGAUGAAAAGCUGAUGAAGUUAUUGGUGGAUUAUGUUUCAAGGAUACCCGUUGGCAAAGGAAAGCCCAAGAGCGGCGUCGGCGACUGCCUAAAGAUUGCUGUUUCCAUAGCAGGAUACUGUAAAGGGUCGAAGGUGGCUGUCUUUACUAAUGUUCAGGAUAUUCUGGAGCACGAGGAGAUAUCGAAGCAACUCAUUGAGGUAGGAUGCUCACUAAAUGUCUUUUCAACACAAAAAACAUCGGCCGCUAGACUCUGUGCUUCUACAGCAGGCAGAAGCUUCGUAUAUACACCCGAAUCCCUUACAAGACUGGAGUCUGAUUUGGUGAGUCUGGGAAUCACGAAAAGUUCGUACAAAGUGCGGGUUGAGGCAAAGACGUCUGAUGCCGUAAGGAAGCUGGGGUUUUACGGAAAUACUGUUUUUGAGCAUCUUGGGUUCCAGGACUUUGCACAGAUGGACGAUAAGACUACACUUGGGAUGACCUUUUCUCUAGAAGAGCCUCUUCAGAAUAAGUCCAAAGUGUAUAUCCAGGUGAUACUGAAUUUCUACUGCUUUGAUGGUUCAAGCAGGACUCUUGUGAUGAACUCCAGCUUUGAAGCAUCCUCGAGAAUCUCUGAGGUUUAUGCAAGCCUCAGCUUUGACACUCUAGCAUGUAUAUAUGCAAAAUACAUCGCAAUGGAUGAAAGCGUUGUCAAGGAACACUGUAAGAAGGUUGAAAGCACCAUUAGUCGAUCUCUUAAGUACUACAGAAACAGCUGCUGCAAAGAGGCAUCCAGCUCCCAAUUUGUUCUUCCGGAAUCCAUUAAGCUGAUUCCUCUGAUAUACCAGGCUAUGCUGAAGAAUAGCUGCUUUUCCAAUGACAUAAAUAUUGAGUGUGUGUCCCGAAUAACAGGCUUCACCGUCGAGCAAAACCUCAGGUUUUUUUAUCCGCGUCUGUUUGCGUUUACCGAUUUCUAUAUAGACAAGUCUCUAGAGAAGGUCAAGGCACUGAAGCUCACCGGUGAGUCGCUCAAUUCAGAGGAGAUCUAUGUUUUGGAUAAUUCGCAAAAGAUAUACAUUUAUAUAGGAAAGGAUGUGGAUGCGUCCCUAAAGGAAGCCAUAUUUACAGAUAAGACAGAGGAAAACGAGAUCUUGCACAGAAUGAUUGAUGAGUUCUACUCCUACUAUGAUAGUGAGCUACCUGUCGUGUUCGUGGAAGAAGGAAAGGGAGGGUCUGAAGUUGAAUUUAUCGGAUAUCUGGUCGAAGACAGACUCAACAACAUACCAUCCUAUCCGGAUUACAUAUGCGAGCUCCACUUCAAGGUCAAAAGUGCUUGA